AGCGAACGAGCGAGCGAGAGGGAGUCUGUCUGCAAAGUGCUGCUCCCUGGUGCUCAGAGGCGGCUGCUCCAGCUCCAACUCUCAUUCAUUUCGCCGGUUAACAUGAGAGAUCAUGGCCGCCUUCGGGCUUCUCAGCUAUGAGCAGAGACCGCUGAAACGCCCCCGGCUCGGGCCACCCGACGUCUACCCGCAGGACCCCAAGCAGAAGGAGGAUGAGCUUACCGCUGUGAAUGUAAAGCAAGGCUUCAGCAAUCAGCCGGCCUUUACUGGAGACGAACACGGCUCAGCCAGAAAUAUCGUAAUUAACCCAGCCAAGAUUGGAGCUUAUUUUAGCAGCAUAUUAGCUGAGAAACUAAAGCUUAACACUUUCCAGGACACCGGAAAGAAGAAGCCACAAGUUAAUGCUAAAGAUAAUUACUGGCUGGUUACUGCUCGAUCGCAGAGUGCAAUUCAUAGUUGGUUCUCUGACUUAGCAGGAAAUAAACCACUUGCUAUUUUGGCAAAAAAGGUUCCCAUCCUUAGUAAAAAAGAGGAUGUUUUUGCAUAUUUAGCUAAAUACUCAGUGCCAAUGGUUCGAGCAACGUGGCUGAUCAAGAUGACUUGUGCCUAUUACUCUGCGUUUUCUGAAGCUAAAAUGAAGAAACGCCAGGCUGCCGAUCCCAACCUGGAGUGGACACAAAUAUCUACCAGGUAUCUUCGAGAGCAGCUGGCCAAGAUUUCUGACUUUUACCACAUGGCUUCUGGCACCGGUGAUGGCCCUGUCCCUGUGCCACCAGACGUGGAGCAAGCCCUGAAGCAGUGGGAGUACAACGCGAAGCUGGCGUUCCACAUGUUCCAGGAAGGAAUGCUAGAAAAACACGAAUAUUUGACAUGGAUCUUGGAUGUUUUAGAAAAGAUCAGACCGAUGGAUGAUGAUCUUCUUAAACUCCUGUUACCAUUAAUGCUGCAGUAUUCAGAUGAGUUUGUUCAGUCGGCUUACCUGUCUCGUCGUCUUGCCUACUUUUGUGCCCGGCGUCUUGCCUUGCUGCUGAGCGACAGCCCCAGCCUCCUCGCUGCCCACUCGCCCCACAUGAUGAUAGGGCCAAACAGCUCGAGCAUUGGGGCCCCCAGCCCUGGCCCCCCUGGCCCUGGCAUGAGCCCCGUGCAGCUGGCCUUCGCAGAUUUUCUGUCCUGUGCACAACAUGGUCCCCUCGUGUAUGGACUUAGUUGUAUGCUGCAGACUGUCACCCUUUGUUGCCCAAGUGCCUUGGUGUGGAAUUACUCCACAAAUGACAGUAGGAGCAUGAACCCGGGCUCGCCCCUGGAUCUGCUGCAGGUGGCGCCCUCCAGCCUCCCCAUGCCUGGUGGGAACACAGCCUUCAAUCAGCAGGUUCGGGCAAGGAUUUAUGAGGUAGAACAACAGAUAAAACAAAGAGGCCGUGCAGUGGAAGUUCGGUGGUCUUUUGACAAGUGCCAAGAGUCAACAGCAGGGGUGACCAUUAGCCGGGUGUUGCACACACUGGAAGUGUUGGAUCGACACUGCUUUGACCGAACUGAUUCCAGCAAUUCAAUGGAGACACUUUAUCAUAAGAUUUUCUGGGCUCACCAAAAUAAAGAUAACCAAGAGGUCGCCCCCAAUGAUGAAGCUGUGGUGACGCUAUUGUGCGAGUGGGCUGUGAGCUGUAAACGGUCCGGCAAGCACAGGGCGAUGGCGGUGGCGAAACUCUUGGAGAAGCGGCAAGCGGAAAUCGAGGCCGAGAGAUGUGGGGAGUCAGAGGUCUUAGAUGAGAAGGAGUCCAUUUCUUCAGCAUCUCUUGCUGGAUCUAGUUUGCCUGUUUUCCAGAAUGUCCUGCUAAGGUUUUUAGAUACACAGGCCCCCUCAUUGUCGGAUCCCAACAGUGAAUGUGAGAAGGUGGAGUUUGUGAACCUGGUGUUGCUCUUCUGUGAGUUCAUCCGGCACGACGUCUUCUCUCAUGAUGCCUACAUGUGCACCCUCAUAUCCCGGGGAGACCUGUCUGUCACUGCCUCCACGCGGCCCCGGUCACCUGCUGGAGAAAAUGCUGAGGAGCACUACCCCAAGGACCACGAUGUGAAGAUGGAGAUUUUUUCUCCCAUGCCUGGAGAGUCCUGUGAGAAUGUCAACCCUUCCUUGUGCAGAAGAAUGUCAGUUAAUGGUGAGAAGUUGCUGAAGAGAGAAAAACCGAGAGAGUUAAUUUUUCCGUCUAAUUAUGAUCUCCUGCGACACCUGCAGUAUGCAACACAUUUUCCCAUACCUCUGGAUGAAUCUUCAAGUCAUGAAUGUAACCAGCGCACAAUCCUUCUCUACGGCGUGGGCAGAGAGCGUGACGAAGCGAGGCAUCAGCUGAGGAAGAUUACCAAAGAUAUUUUGAAAAUCCUAAAUAAGAAGAGCACCACAGAGACAGGGGUUGGAGAUGAAGGACAAAAAGCCAGGAAGAGCAGACAGGAAACAUUUCCAACACUGGAGACUGUGUUCACAAAGCUUCAACUCCUUUCCUAUUUUGAUCAGCAUCAAGUCACAUCUCAGAUCUCUAGCAAUGUGCUGGAGCAGAUCACAAGCUUUGCGUCCGGGACCUCCUAUCACCUGCCUUUGGCUCACCACAUUCAGCUCACCUUUGACCUCAUGGAGCCAGCGCUGAACAUCAAUGGACUGAUUGACUUCGCAAUACAGCUACUAAAUGAACUGAGUGUUGUGGAAGCUGAACUGCUCCUGAAGUCCUCCAGCCUGGCAGGAAGCUAUACCACGGGCCUCUGUGUGUGCAUCGUGGCCGUUCUCAGGCGCUACCACAGCUGCCUGAUCCUGAAUCCCGAUCAAACAGCCCAGGUGUUUGAAGGGCUGUGCGGGGUGGUAAAGCACGUGGUGAACCCCUCAGAGUGCUCUUCUCCCGAGAGAUGCAUCUUAGCCUACCUCUACGACCUCUACGUGUCAUGCAGCCACCUCAGAAGUAAAUUUGGAGACCUCUUCAGUAGUGCCUGUUCAAAAGUUAAGCAAACCAUAUAUAAUAAUGUGAUGCCUGCCAAUUCGAACUUGCGAUGGGAUCCGGACUUCAUGAUGGACUUUAUUGAGAAUCCUUCAGCCCGUAGCAUCAACUACUCAGUACUGGGCAAGAUUCUCAGCGACAAUGCGGCCAAUCGCUAUAGCUUCGUCUGCAACACCCUCAUGAAUGUGUGUAUGGGCCACCAGGACGCAGGCAGGAUUAAUGACAUAGCCAAUUUCUCCUCCGAGCUGACAGCUUGCUGCACUGUUCUCAGUUCAGAAUGGCUGGGAGUGCUGAAGGCUCUUUGUUGUUCUUCAAAUCACGUGUGGGGCUUCAAUGAUGUUCUUUGCACUGUAGAUGUGAGUGACCUUUCAUUCCAUGAUUCACUAGCUACUUUCAUUGCUAUUCUGAUAGCACGACAGUGUUUCUCCCUGGAGGACGUCGUGCAGCACGUGGCACUGCCCUCUCUCCUCGCAGCAGCCUGUGGAGACGCGGACGCCGAGCCUGGGGCGAGGAUGACCUGCCGCCUCCUGCUCCACCUCUUCCGAGCUCCGCAGGCCUGCUUGUUACCUCAGGCAACCGGCAAACCUUUCCCUGGAAUCAGAUCAUCUUGUGAUAGACACCUCUUAGCUGCUGCUCACAACAGCAUCGAAGUGGGAGCAGUGUUUGCUGUUUUAAAAGCAAUUAUGAUGCUUGGAGAUGCCAAGAUUGGCAAUAACAGUGUCAGCUCUUUAAAGAAUGACGACUUCGCCACGAGGGGGGUGCGGCGCGACAGCAAUGCUGAUGAUGCCUGGACGGCCUCACAGAACUCCAAGUCCUGUGGGAGAAGCAUUUCCGUCGAAACUGCCAACUUAAGGGAAUAUGCUAGAUAUGUGCUGAGGACUAUCUGUCAACAGGAAUGGGUAGGAGAACAUUGCUUAAAAGAGCCUGAAAGAUUGUGCACAGACAAGGAACUCAUACUGGACCCUGUGCUUUCAAAUGUGCAAGCGCAGAAACUAUUGCAGCUCAUCUGUUAUCCCCACGGCAUUAAAGAAUGCACUGAGGGGGACAACCUGCAGAGACAGCACAUUAAGCGCAUUCUUCAGAAUCUUGAGCAGUGGACACUGAGGCAGUCCUGGCUGGAGCUUCAGUUAAUGAUUAAACAGUGCUUGAAGGACCCUGGCUCUGGUUCGGUGGCUGAAAUGAACAACUUACUGGACAACAUAGCAAAGGCGACAAUAGAGGUUUUCCAGCAGUCCGCUGACGUGAACAACAACUCCUCCAGCCCCGGCGUGGGGCUCUUCAACCCAGGUGGGGUCGGAGGCGCAGAUGCGGGUAGCACAAGGCAGAAUGGAAUAAAGACAUUUCUAAGCUCCUCUGAACGCAGGGGGGUGUGGCUGGUGGCCCCCCUCAUUGCCAGGCUGCCGACCUCCGUGCAAGGAAGAGUAUUGAAAGCUGCUGGGGAGGAGCUGGAGAAGGGACAGCACCUGGGCUCGUCUUCAAAAAAGGAAAGAGACAGACAAAAGCAGAAAAGUAUGUCUCUUUUGAGUCAACAACCAUUCCUCUCACUGGUCCUUACCUGCCUUAAGGGACAAGAUGAACAACGAGAAGGUCUCCUAACAUCUCUCCAGAAUCAAGUUAAUCAGAUCCUGAGCAACUGGAGAGAAGAGCGAUACCAGGAUGACAUGAGAGCCCGGCAGAUGAUGCACGAGGCCCUGCAGCUCCGCCUGAACUUGGUGGGAGGAAUGUUUGACACGGUGCAGAGGAGCACGCAGUGGACCGCGGACUGGGCCCUCCUCCUCCUGCAGAUCAUCACGUCCGGGACCGUGGACAUGCACACUAACAAUGAAUUAUUCACAACAGUUCUUGACAUGCUGGGCGUUUUAAUCAAUGGAACCUUAGCCUCUGACCUGCCCGGUGCAUCCCCAGGGGGAUCUGAAGAGAACAAGCGUGCAUACAUGAACUUAGUGAAGAAACUGAAGAAAGAACUAGGAGACAAGCGGUCAGAAAGUAUUGACAAAGUUCGACAACUGCUACCUUUGCCAAAACAGACAUGUGAUGUCAUCACGUGUGAACCUAUGGGUUCAUUGAUUGACACAAAGGGAAACAAAAUUGCUGGAUUCGACUCUAUAGACAAAAAACAGGCAAGAGGUCUCCAGGUCUCUACAAAGCAGAAGGUGUCCCCGUGGGAUUUGUUUGAGGGUCAGAAGAACCCAGCUCCCCUGUCCUGGGCCUGGUUCGGGACAGUCCGGAUGGACCGGAAGGUGAUCAAGUAUGAAGAGCAGCACCACCUCCUUUUGUACCACACGCACCCCAUGCCCAAGCCCCGAAGUUACUACCUCGAGCCACUGCCCCUGCCUCCCGAGGAGGAAGAGGAAGAGCCCACAUCUCCCAUUUCUCAGGAACCAGAGAGGAAGUCAGCCGAGCUGUCAGAUCAGGGAAAAACUGUGACCGAUGAAGAGAAGAAAACAAAGGGCAGGAAGCGCAAGACAAAAUCAAGCUCAAGAGCCGACGAGUAUCCACAGAGCAACACGUACCGAGUGCCUCCUAAUUACUCACCCAUUUCCUCCCAGAUGAUGCACCACCCACAGCCUGCCUUGUGGGGCUACAACCUCAUGGGUCAGCCCCAGCAGCCUGGCUUUUUCCUGCAGAACCAAUCUCUUACUCCAG